UAAUCUCGCGACCGUGACACGCCGUGGUCAGUCGUUUCCUCCCCUCUGGAACAGCUGUCCGCAAGCUAUCGGCAAUCUUUCUCUCGAACGAGACGGUGACGUGUCCAUAAACAAGGAAAAAUCAACGUUUUGGGAAAUUUUUGUUCCGACAACUUUUCAGGUGAAUGGGAUAAAUUCGUCGAGGAGAUCGCGCCCAAGGGAAACAUGUUCCACAAAUCCGAAGUGAAAUCAGCGACGGGCAUCCCCGAGCGUCGUCGAAAGAAAUCCACCAACCAGGAUAACCUGUCCCGUGGAAGAAAGCAAAAAUCCGAGUUGUCGAAAAGCACGACCAAUACCGCGGACAAGGGUUCGAUUGACACUCGACUAGCUACGAAUCUUCCCGACGAUGCUGCGAUACACUUUGGAAAUUUCUACGGUGUCGAGAAGAAUUCGAAUCAACCGCGAGCUGGAAGAGCGAGGGCUCUUUUCGACUCGACCAGUCCAUCGUCUAUUGGUUACAAACGAACGCCGAGAGUGGAAUUCACCAGGCAGAUGGUUCACAAACUGGAACGAACAGCUGGUACGAAGGAAUACGCGCGACAAGUGUCAGCUUUAUUGGAGGAGACGGUCGAGCCGGCGCAUUUCAAGCUGCAUUCACUACCGACCGAGAAUUCGAUUCCGGACGGGAGAUACAAUCCCACGGGAUUCCCGCUCUGGUGCAAGGAACCUUAUAAAAUGCCGUUCGCUUCGAACGAGGUUUACGAACGUCUGAAAGAGGAACUGGACGACGCCGAGUACGGAAAGGCGAGAGACAUUUUCGAAGAGGAUUCUUCCGAAAGAUGUUCCUCGGAGGAGUGGAGCGAGGACGGAGGAAAUUUCCAAGACGACGGACCAAUGAAUUUCCUAACGAGAGGAAAAUCUUCGAUGAAUUUACUGUCCAAUUGGUCGUCUUCUAUAACGGAGGCGAAAGACACGGACUCGAAGGAAAGCAACGACGACAGAAAUGAGAAAAUGUUGAACGAAUAACGCUGAAGUUGUAAAGUGGUUUUGAUCGCGAGCACACGAGGAAUGAAAAGGCAAUUUGUGAUAUAAAUAGAAACAUGAACUUCCUGUAUAUAGAGCCGAGACAUUUACAAUCAACAAUUAUUUUAGCCGACGCAAUAGUCCAAGAACUCGUAACAAUGUUGCUCGUUAUCCAGUCCUUUUGAUUAAUUAGCAUUUCGCUACUAAUGGCCCGACCGUUAUCAGAAGGCCUAAAACGCGAUAGAGAAUCCAUUUAGAGAUUCAUUUCCAGCGUUAAUUAGAAGGCCUUUAUUAUUACCCGGUUGCGUACCCUGUAAUUAUAGGCUAGCCAGAUUGCUGUGAAUCUAACGCUGUCAUGAAUUCAUUAAUUAACGAUGGAGGUUCUUGCGAAAGGACGAGGAACGUUAUACUGGUGACGGAUUACCGGAUAUUCUACGCGCCGUACUUCCGCCUAUUCUGAUCCUUCCCAUUUCUAACGUUUUUACCUUUACAUAGGUAAAUAACAGUAAAAAGAAAUAUUCGAACACGAAACUACCACAAUUUUCAAUUAAUUGUAAAGUUAAAGUUGUCGUAAAACACGGUGUUUCUAUAAAUUUGUACUCGUCUGCGCAAACAAGAAACUUCUCUUUUCUCGUAAACAAGUAAACAAGAGCACCUACUUUGCUCUGAAUAAGUUGAAACAGAUUUCUUGAAAUUGUUUUUAUAACCAUUCGGUGAGGUUCUAUUUGUACGUUCAUAAAUGUAUACA